AUGAGUGCGAAGUUGCUUCGAAACCUCAUUACGGGCGCGGUUGCGGCCUCCGCAGGUAUCUUCAGCUGCUGCUUCGUCGUACGGCCCGGGGAGGCUGCCAUUCUCUACAACAAGAUCAGUGGUCUUAAGGAAUCCGUGUACGGCGAAGGACUGCAGUUCCGCAUUCUGGGUCUGGACGACAUCAAGAUGUUCAACAUCCGUGUCCGGCCCCGCGUGCUGCAGACCAUGACUGGCACAAAGGACCUGCAAAUGGUAAACAUUCGGCUGCGUGUCUUGUUCCGCCCGCAAAUAGAGCGUCUGCCGCAGAUCUACCGCACCUUUGGAAUGGACUAUGAUGAGCGUAUCCUCCCUUCCGUCAGCAACGAGAUCCUCAAGGCGGUUGUGGCGGAGUACAAGGCGGAGGAACUGAUUCAGAAGCGUGACGUGGUCUCCGCCCGCAUCUAUCAGCUGAUGCAGGAGAAGGUGGCACAGUUUGGCCUCGUCCUGGAAGAUCUUUCCCUCGUCGACAUUCAGUUUGGCAAGGAGUUCAUGAUAGCCGUGGAGCAGAAGCAGGUCGCGCAGCAGGAGGCGGAGCGGUUCCGCUACGUGGUGCAGGAAAAUGAGCAGAAGAAGCGGGCGGCUAUUGUGCGGGCGGAGGGCGAGGCCGAGUCCGCGCGCCUCAUCUCGGAGGCCAUCAAGCGCUCCGGGCAGGGCCUGCUGGAGCUGCGGCGCAUCGAGGCGGCGCUGGACAUCGCCUCGCAGCUGGUGCCGAUGAGGAACGUGACGUUCCUUCCGACCGGCCCCAACGUGCUGAUGAACCUCAAGAACCUGAGCGGCUGA